UCAUAGGUUUGAGCGUUGGUUUCAAUUCAGACUUGUAUAUAUAUGUACGUAUAUAUAUUUAUACGCCUACAUAAACUUAAAUGUUGACAUCAAAUUGUUGAAACAAACAGAAAAGUAACUAAAUAUUCAUAUUUAUUUCAAGAUUGCUUCUUCUAUGAAUCAGUAUAAAUCAAACAUUGGAUUUAUUAUUGUGCAUUUUAUGUAUUUUCAGAACAAAUGGAUAUGUGCCGUAUGUAAUGAUAUGAGCUUUGAAAAACGUUGGCUGGUAGAAAGGCAUGUAUUAGAGAGGCAUAGCGAUUAUGGUUGGAAAUGCCCAGAAUGCAAGAAGAUCUUCCAGAGGAGAAGUUCUUCACAUGGAUGUAAGAUCUCGGAUAAGGAAAUGUUAUGUUUUAAUAACAAAACCGGGUCUAGAGGAAAAGAAGCAGAAGAAGAGAUGGAAUUAUAUAAAGUUGAAGAGUUAAUCAAGAAAAUAAAACUGGUAGAUACAGAUGGGAAAGAAAUUCCAAUAUUAAAUUAUAGAAGGAGAAAUAGUAUUGAGGGAUCAGUCAGGAGCAUGAGAACCAACAGAUCAGAGAAAACGUACAACCGAGUGGAAACAAAGAAAGACGAGACAGAAGGAAGAAAAAGAGACAGAACUGCUGUUAAUGAUAAUGAAAAUGAGAUACAGGGGCAAAGUCAGGCUAAAAUACCACUGCUACUUGAUACCAAAGAACGAAAAUUGGCUAAAAUAAGAUCGGUAUUGCAAGAUUUAUCCAGUGAAAUAGGGGACAAUAUCACAAUCUGCUUGGAUUCUGAGGAUGAGGGUAAACGUAGUAGAGCUGAGAAAAAAAUUGUUAAUUUGGAUCUAGACAUUCAUGUAUCAGAUACUGAAAGAUCCAGUCUGGAUAAGGAGAGAAAAGAAAAGACCUCAUCAAGACAGAGAUCCUCUUCUUCAUCUUCAUCAGGCUCAUCCAGUUCCUCUUCCUCAUCCUCCUCGUCAGAUAAGUCGGACAGAAACAAAUCCGGGGAAGUUGAUAAGAAAGAGGUAGACAACAUAGAGAUUGGUAGAGAAAGGACAGUGGAACAAAUUAGUGUGAUAGAAGAAGCUCCCAAAUUAGAUAGAACUGUAGUUAUGAGUACCUCCGCGGCGCAAGUAGAAACAUUUUUGCAAACGUUACAAGACACACAAGAAAAUAUCAUUACUUUAAAUAUUGGUGGGUUGAGAUUUGAAACCAGCAAAACUACACUAAGAGCUGACCCGUCAUGUGUUUUUGCUUUAAUGCUUCAACCUUUAAGUCCGUUUAGGCCAUCCAAGAACGUGUAUUUCUUUGAUCGAGAUCCAGCCCACUUCAAAAUCAUUUUGAAUUACCUUCGCAACAACUGUAAUGUAGAGAAACGUUACCUUCCAAGGGAGUCAAACUAUUUACAUGAACUGAUGCUAGAGGCUAAAUACUAUCAGCUGUCGGGACUUAUUGUGGCUGUUGAAGAGAGACUUAAUGACAUGUGUGUGUGCAAGAUGAAUGGAUAUUGAUGUAUUGAAGGAGGACUGUUAAUUUAUUAAUUGUUUAUUGUUGAUUAUUGUAGUGAUUUGUGUCUUUGGAAGAUACAAUAAUAAAAAAAAAAAAAAUCAAAGUACUAAAGUCCUGUUUGUGUAGGAUGAUAUACCGGAAAAAUAAGUAUUGGUGAAAAUUUAGUUGUAUGUUCUUCAAAACGAAUAAAUUGGUUGUGGUCAAAUUAAGCCUUACAGACGAAUUUAUUUGGGGACCAAAUCCUUAAAGGUGGGGGCAAUGUAAUGCCGGCCUUCCCCCCUUUUUAUAGUAAACCUUUGUCUUGAUAGUUUCUUGAAAUUAUGGAGAAUAAGGGGUAGAUGUUAAUGAGAGGUUCAAUGUUGGAACUAAUAUAAGAACUACAAUUGGUUAUUUUGGCUGUUGUUUCAAGGUGUGAUUACUAAAACACAGUAGAUUUGUGUAUGUCAAGAAGUUUUGUUUCACGUACGGCCUCCAUAUUUUCUCUGUAUCCUUACGGCAAAAGCUCGUCAUACUUGUUUAUGACAUAAUAAACAGAAUAUCCACGUUAGUUCGCUAGAUUGGUAUCGGCUAUAAAAUAUAAUUAAAACUGCAUGAAAGACUCGUGGAGAGAUUGGUGUGUUAAAAUAAAGAUUGACAAUUGUUCCGUGAGAUUUAAUUCUCAUUUGCGCACUUAAAAUAUUAGCACCAAAAGGAAAUAUUUGCAUUUGUUAGUUACCUGGUUUGAAAAUAAACCCAGACUAAUGUCUUCUAAUGAUCUACUAAUAAAUUUAAAGUUGAAAACCAUCUUUAUUGAUGAAGAUUACUCCAUGUUUACAAAUAAUAUCAACAUUGCGGGAACUUCCCUUGUAUGAUCCAUGGUUGCCGAUUGGUAAACAAUAUGUAACAAGCUCUGCCAUUGGUCAGUCGGAAGUAUAAAAGAAAAAGCAACACCAGAACCGAGAGAUUGUUGGGUUGGAAAAGUUAGAGAGCGGCAAAUUCAAAUAGAGAUGUCUGAUAAUUAUAAUCAAGUGUUGAAAGUUAGUAAAUACGGUAUAUAAUAAUAUUUAAUUUUGUUUUUAUUUAAGGUGGUCGGUGCCGGUGCUAAAUCAGGUUGCCGGUGACGGUGCUAAGGUUGUCGGUGACGGUGCUAAGGUUGUCGGUGACGGUGCUAAGGUUGUGGGUGACGGUGCUAAAUAAUUAAGGUUGUCGGUGACGGUGGUCGGUGCUAAGGUUGCCGGUGACGGUGCUAAGGUUGUGGGUGACGGGAGUAAAAUUGUUGCUUUCUGUAUUUAAUAUUUGUUUUAGAUGUUUUAUGAUGAUAAGUCGAUGUUGAAUACUGUGAAAUUGUGAUAAUAUCCUUAAAUUGGGAUUAUUGAAAGAGUCCAAAUAAGGGACCACUGGGUUACUUAACUGUUGAAUUAUAUAUUAUUAGCUGAUUAUUAUCAAAAGUUUGUUUGUAUACUGUAAGACCAACCAUUACCGGGGACCCGAACAGACCAGUGACAGAGCCUGCAAGACCCAUUCUCUCCGUCGUGGAUUAUUUUCGAUAUUAAUAAAAUAUGAAACUUUAUUUUAUUCAGAUAUUUUAUUUAACAACUGAGUAUAUAUAUAUAUAACCACAAGUAUACGAUUUCCCUUUCUGUAACGUGUUUUGGUUCGGCGGUAAACAGUGGACGUCGAACCUUACACUUUAUAGAUCCUUUUACUCUCUUUUUCUUUGUGACCCUGUGUUCUCUGGUGGCCGACUCUAGCACCAGGGAGGCAGCGUGGCACUAUUG